AUGGCAUCAGGAGGCGACCUUCCACCAGAUAAUAAUUACGAUGUAUAUAGGCGUAUUUGGAGAGUUUCUCAGAAUGAAGUCGAAGACUUGGAAAGACAAUCAUUGGAUUUCUUCAAGGAAAUGACUGAUAUUGACAUUGCAGGGCUUCCAGUAUGUUCCUUAGGUGCCUCAUUUAAUGGUUUCGGUGGGGGAAUAUUUUCAAUCAUUCCAGCAUUUAAAUCUCAAUUUAAAGUAGUUGAGACACCUGGAACACCUGAGUUGUCUGGUCUUUGUUUAUUGAGAUCAAUGGAUGGGAUAGCAUAUAUAUAUGAUCAAGCCACUCAAUUAAGAGUGGCGUCAAUUUACCACGUAAGGAAUUUGGAUAUUAUUGGUUAUAAGUUAGUUCAAUCAUUAAAGCCUCAACAUGAAGCAACAGAAAGUCCUCUUCCAUUAUUUGAUACUGGAUUUGUAUUAAACGUUUUGGAAAACGGUUAUUUACCUUGCUCCAAAUUCCAAGGAUCUUGUAUUAAGGGAGACAGAAUGUUAUAUGGUUGGUAUACAAUUAGGGAUAUCUAUACAAAAGGAGAAUGGGGAAUCAUCCAUUACGAGAGUAGAGGACCACAGAAUAUUCUGAAGGAGUUUACACCAUUAUCAUUCAAUUUAAGUUCAUCUGUAUGGGGUAAGGGAUACUCUAACGGAUUUGUAAGCAGAAGAUACAUGAAUAAUGAUUUUGUUCAGCCAUGCUAUGAAAACGCAUGUCCAUACAGAAUGUCAAAAAUGUUUGAUACAGUAUCUGUUUCAUUCAGAAACGUACUAACUUUUGUUACUGCUUAA